CUUUCCGUAAACCCUCGAUGGAUGUUACAACAUCGACAUCCUACUGACGUAGUAGGCAGGAAGAUUUGAAGGCUGUUCUGAAAGGUAGACGUGAGGGGAAAGAGCAGAUGGAUUCGAACAUCGGCGUGACAAGUUGAACUCAUCCGUGACAAGCGCGUCAAUCUCGCGCGUGUGCCCAUUGUCCUCUGCCAUCACGAUAGUCCCUCUCCACACACCGAGUCUCUCUUAAUGGCACCGCAACCGCCUCGAACGCCUCUGCGGCGCGUCUCUACGAACUCUCUCUUCCGGCUUUCGCGCUCCCAGGCGUAUCCCGAUGCACCUGAAGAUCUGGGCUUCAUGGAGCCCGCCAUUUCCGAGCUCUCUGACGAGAUGGAUACGCUACAGACGCAUAUCGAGGGCCUUCGACAUCUGAGCGAGACACUGUCGAUCUUCAACGAGUCUUUUGCAAGCUACCUGUAUGUUAUGGAAAUGAAUGGGCUCACGACCGACUGGCCGCAGGUACGGGUGGCAUGCGGCCUGUGUGACGAGUUAAGACGGAUGCAUGCCUUGUAGAUGCCCACAGAUGCGAGCUUUGAGCAGGAGGGCAAGCGAGAGGCUAUGCGAGCGAUCGCAGCACGCGAG